GUACCUUGUGACAACCACAACUCAUCAACAGAGCAUAUGCGGAGCCGCACUUAUCUGCUCAUUCUCCUCCUGUCAUUCCGCCUUCUAUCUUUGAUCAUUGUCCCACCGCGCUCAGCCCAAACCCUCACUCACCACCUAUUUUCAGCAUCUCUUUCUACUCCCCAACUCAUCAGAGGAGCUAAACUCCCGUGGAAUCUUUAAUUUGGAGUUCCUCGACUGCCGCACUUUUUUCCGCAGGAGUGGUUUUUAUACUUUGAACUUACUCUUCUUCCCCUAGGUGACCAUGGCCGUACCGGCUGCUUUGAUCCAGCCAAUCCCUCUGGUCCAGACGCCUUCGAUCUCCACUCCUUCCGCGACCACGUCCCCGCCGUCAACAACUUCUUCCCCGUCUCCCUCCGUGGGCCCAUCCGGCCAGAACCUGUUCCGCUCGGAGCUCCUCGCCAACAGUAGCCCCGGCAUCUCGACCCCGACCGGGACUCUGCCCAGCAAGCCAGUCUACUCGACCCCGUCGCCUGUUGAAAACACCCCGCAGAACAACGAGUGUAAAAUGGUAGAACUGCGGGGGGCGAAGGUGGCGUCUUUCACCGUGGACGGCUGCGAACUCAUCUGCCUGCCCCAGGCGUUCGAUCUGUUUCUGAAGCACCUGGUCGGAGGACUGCACACCGUGUACACCAAGCUGAAGAGACUGGAGAUCACACCGGUGGUGUGCAAUGUGGAGCAGGUCCGCAUCCUGCGAGGUCUAGGGGCCAUCCAGCCAGGAGUCAAUCGCUGCAAACUCAUCUCCAGAAAAGAUUUCGAGACUUUGUACAAUGACUGCACCAAUGCCAGCUCCAGACCAGGCAGGCCUCCCAAGAGGACCCAGAGUGUGACAUCAUCAGAGAACCCACACAUCAUGCCUCACUCUGUCCCUGGCCUCAUGUCCCCUGGAACCUUCCCAUCCUCAGGGCUGGCAGCGGCGGCAGCUGCCAACGCGGCCAUUGCCGAAGCCAUGAAGGUGAAGAAGAUCAAGCUGGAGGUGAUGAGCGGCUACCACGGCAACGCCAACCAGCAUGGGGCAGACGGUGAGAACGGAGACGUCAGCUCCAGUGUGGGUUUGGAACUGCCCUUCAUGAUGAUGCCCCACCCCCUGAUCCCGUGCAGCUUGCCCCCUGCUUCUGUCACCAUGGCAAUGAGCCAGAUGAACCACCUCAGCACCAUCGCCAACAUGGCCGCCGUCGCACAGCAACAGAGCCUGCCCUGCAGAAUGGUCACCUCAGUUAUCAAGGACCAGGAUUGGGAAACACUGUUAUAUUCCAACAUGGCCGAUGUGGCACAACAGCAGAGCCUGCCCUGCAGAAUGGUCACCUCAGUAAUCAAGGAGCGUGUCCCAGACAGUCCCUCCCCCACCCCUUCCUUAGAGGAUGGCAGGAGGCCCGGCAGCCACCCGUCGUCCCACCGCAGCAGCAGUGUCUCCAGCUCACCGGCCCACACAGAGAGCUCCUCAGACAGGAUACGUACGUCCCCCUAUUCCCUCCCCAUGCAACGAGUCAGACUGGCUAACUGCGUGUUCAGUUCCGCAACCAUACAUCAGAAUGGUCUUUCUAUGAACCAAAUGAACCAAGCUCUGCUGGGCCUCUCCCCUAGCAUUCUGCCUGGGCCUAAAGAAGGAGACCUGGCCCACGACAUGAGUCACGAAGCAAAGAGGAUGCACAUUCACAAAGACGACAAUCCAAUGUCCACCCCGACUGCGAGAGACAGCUACGAGAGGCUGUCAUUGACUGGACAGGGUCUACCACCUGGCUUCCCUUCGCCAUUCCUGUUCCCAGACGGCCUGUCAUCAAUAGAGACUCUUCUCACUAACAUACAGGGCCUGCUGAAGGUUGCGAUUGACAACGCACGGGCCCAAGAGAAGCAGGUGCAGCUGGAGAAGACGGAGCUAAAGAUGGAGCUGUUCAGGGAAAGAGAGCUCCGGGAGACCCUGGAGAAACAGCUCGCUAUCGAACAGAAGAACAGAGCAAUAAUCCAGAAGCGCUUGAAGAAGGAGAAGAAGGCAAAGAGGAAACUUCAGGAGGCUCUGGAGUACGAGUCCAAGAGGAGGGAGCAGGCUGAGCAGUUCCUCAAACAGCCCUCACCCUCAGAAGGCCUGCGCUCACUCAAUGACUCACUAACCCCAGAGACGGAGAGUGACCGCAGUGCUGGAAGAACAGAUGCUGAGAGGACAAUACAAGAUGGAAGACUGUUCUUGAAAACCACAGUGAUGUACUGAUAAGAAGAUGAUGAGGAGAGCUGAAGGGGAAAACAAUCCCAUGAAGAUACUCAAGAGCCCUUAUCCAGGCAGAUUUAGUAGCAGAAACAAGUCUCGCUGCGUUUACUGUAGCAGUUCAAUGGAAGUGUGUUUGGCCAAACGCCGAAGAAGGGUUGUGUCUGAAUGUAGAAUUAGAACACUUUUUCUUACAGAUAUCAACAUAAUAUAGUAGCUAAAGCAGGUUUUGAUGCAUUGAGGUGGGUUGUUUUCUAAGUAUAAACACAUUUUUAGCACAGUAAAUAAUUACCAUGGGGUACACUGUUGGUAAUAUCUCAGAUAAAUUCUCAGCACUGAAGAUUUUUUAUACUGUAUUUCAACCAGCGAGAAAGCUUUGAACAUGGUCAGACUCAGAGGUUUUGUUUUGUAUUUCAAGUUUAAUUCCAAAAUAUAAAGCUUGGAACGAACCUGUGAAAAAAAUGUAUAAUUUAUCCGUAUGUUGAUCAAAGGGUUCGACUGAGAUUUGAUUUGAAUGUUUUCUAAAUAGAAGAAAAUACAAUCAAGUUUCCUUUUUACUAUUGUUGUAUAUACCAGAACUGAUGAUAAUGAUAGGAUAACUCACUCUAUCAAUAUGGUAUAUGUAUAAAGUUAAGAGGUGGUAUUGGGUAUGCAGUAGAUCUAUUAGGAAGACAAUACUGACAUUUAUAUGAAUUUAUAGUUUGUUUUUGUUUCAUUUCUGAGCCAUCAUUCUUUAAAAUACCUGCCAUUUUGGUGAGAAAGCAUGCAGGCAUGUAAAUGUUUGUCCUGGAAUUAUGAUAUUUAAAUCCUAUAUUGUGCUGAACAAAUACGUAGGGUUGAUUCACUUUAGCCCAACUGAUUUCGAAAAUGUACACCUUAAACAUUUUGCUUUCCAAUAACAACUUUUGCUGUCAAUAGUAACCCUUUGCAACAGGUAAUACUGUUUUUAUUUGAACACUUUUUAAAGAUAGUUUCCCAGACACCUUUGUUCCUAAUGUGUGGCUAUUAACAUGUUACAUGGACAGUUGGUAAUCACAUAUUAUCACUUGGUAACGAAUCUCCUCUUUCAAGACAAUUUAUUCAGAAGUCACAUACAGAUAGAUAUAGGAUCUUAAUUUGACCAGUUUCCCACAGCAGGACAAUAAUCCUGCAGAUAAAGGAAAUGUGAAUUAUUAUGUGGAUUAUAAUGAAUUGACAUUUUUGUAUGGGGUUGAUCCAUUUUUUGUUUGUGCAAAUCAAGUCCAACAUUUUAAAGUUUUAAACUAUUUCAUGCUGUGCAGGACAUUUCCUGCAACAACAGGGUGAUCAAAUUAAGAUCCUACAUGUGUACAGACAAUGGACCAGCUAGAAUGACUAUCGGAAACAAUUAACCGACCCUCUACGUUGUAGAAUAUUGGUAUGAAAACUCAAGCAAAGUUCCCUCACAAAAUCAGUGAUGUACAGUAUUUUAAUGCAAUCAUGAUGCAGCAAAAAGAAGACAUUUUACUUUAUGAGAGAUGUGCUUCAUUUGUAUUCAAGCUGAAGGUUGAAUAGUUUUGCACAUCAGGUGAGUCAACUCUUAUGCAGUAUGUAAAAGUUAAUUCCAGAGACAGGAGCUGAUUUCUGUCAUGUACUGUAACAGGAACAGGCUAUGUGUUUGAAAAAAUAUUGGGAAAAGAGUGUCUGUCCCAUGUUCACACUUUAUUUUACUUUGAAAGUUUAUUGCGAUGUUUAUUGUUGACCUGUCGCUAAUAACUUACAUAUAGCUACGCAUAGCACACUUCAUUGUACUUCAACUUUAAAUAAACUUCAAAUGCUGAUGAUAA